GGCCGGGGACUGCCGUGAGCCCUGCGGCGCGGCGCCAUGUGGGCGGCCGGGGCGGGCGGCAGGCUGCCUUGCCCGCGGGACGCCGCGCUGCGGCGGGCGGCCUUCGCCGGCAACCUGGCGGCGCUGCCGGCCCACCUGGUGCCGAGCGGCAGGAGCGUCCGCGUCUUCAUCAGCGCCAACCCCGAAGAUACAAUAGCAGAAAGGAAUGCGCUAAGAGAGCAUGUGUAUCCUAAGCUGAGAGAAUUCUGCAGGGAAAACUAUGGCCUGGAAUUUCAGGUCAUAGACUUAUACUGGGGAGUUGAAGCAGAUGAAUGGGACAGUCCCGAGCUGCAGAAGACUCGCAUGAAGCUGUUAGAAGAUUGCCUGAAAAGUUCUGCAGGUCCAUGUUUUGUUGGCUUACUGGGAGAGAAGUAUGGCAACAUCCGAAUACCAGGGGAAGUUGAGUCAGCCGAAUUUGAAAUGAUCCUGGACGCUGCCGUAGAGGCUAAGCUAGAGACAAGGAUUUUAGAGGAGUGGUACUGCAGGGAUGAGAACGCAGUGCCACCAGCAUAUUACCUCAGGCCAAAAUCUGAAAUGCUGAAGAGCUACCAGAAUACGAUGGAAUCUUCUUCAAACUCUAUGAAUGAGAACAAAUGGCAAGAUAUAUCAGAAGAGAUUAAGAAGAUUUUUAAGACUGCUGUGAAAUUGCUGUAUGAGAAAGGAAAAAUGAAACACAGCCAAGCAAAGAGAUAUCUUUCCUCUGCUAUUGAAGAUGAACUUGAUUUUGCCUUGGGUAAACAAACACCAGCCUUCCUAAAGAAGUGUGUUUGCUACAUUCGGAAAAUUGCCAACAUCGAGCGUUUUGUUAAAAUUCCAGAGAUGGGAAAAUACAUGGAUGUGGUACAUACAGCUGGGAAGUUUCUACGAGAUCCUGAAGCCCAUGAGAAGCUGAUCAAGCUCAGGGAUGAAUUCAUUCCCACCAUUGUCGCAUCCUCCAAUCUGAGAGUGUACACGUCCGUCACUCACUGUGACAUGAAACUGGGCUACUCCCAAGAAGUGGAGAAUCAUUACAUUGAAGGACUCGGUAAACAAUUCUAUGAAGACAUGAUCGAUAUUAUCCAGGCAACAGUGCAGCAGAAUUUUGACACAGAGACAGACUUGUUGUAUGAUGAAGUUCUUCAGCAUUCAUCACUAUGUAAAACAUAUUCCACUUUUUAUGAAUACAGAUGUGAGGCAUUGCAUAUAGUUCACAAAUACGUUCUACCUAGCAAAAUAGGACACAUUAACCCUCUUAUCAUAUACGGAGGACCAUGCACAGGGAAAACUCUUCUAUUAGCCGAAGUGGCAAAGAAGGCCUAUUCCUGGCUGCAGGAAGAGAUGGGACCUGAUUCUGACCCUGUGGUAGUUAUAAGAUUUUUGGGAUCCACCGAAACAAGUACCGAUCUGAAGAACAUACUUCAAAGCGUUUGUGAGCAAUUAGCAGUCAACUACCGUUGCCUCGUACAAAGUUACCCAAAAAAGAUUCACGACCUGCGGGACUUGUUCAUAAAUCUUUUGAAUGAGUCUUCAUUCCACAGGCCACUGGUGAUAAUUUUCGAUGCCCUAGAACAGCUAACGGAUAGCGAUGAUGCUAGGAAGCUUUGGUGGCUUCCCAUUCACCUCCCCCGCUCAGUACGGAUAAUUUUGUCAACACUGCCAAACAAGCAUGGGAUCCUGCAAAAACUGAGGUGCCUUAUUCAUGAAGAAGACAACUACAUUGAACUGACUGCAAGGGACAGAAAGAUGUGUAGCCAAGUGCUGAAACAUCAGCUGCUGCGAGUUAAACGAAAAGUAACGUCAGGGCAACAGAUCUACGUCAAUGAAGCAUUCUCCAAGUGCACACUGCCUAUGUUUGUGAACUUAACCUUCAGGGAGGUCAGGAACUGGAGAUCUCACAAAGAUGUGGACGAGUCCUCCCUCUGUGUCACUGUACAUGAAAGCAUAGAACAGUUGUUUUGGUCGCUGGAAAACAAAUGUGGAUCACGACUACUGUCAAGAGCACUUGGCUACAUCACUAUGUCCAAAUCUGGCCUGAGUGAAAUGGAACUGGAAGAUAUUUUAGCCCUUGACAACAGCGUUAUGUAUGAACUCAGUGAGAGUGUCCGAGAAAGUAACCCAUUGAGAAUUCCCUACAUAUACAUUGCAAGGCUUAAGGAGGGUUUACAGGGAUACUUAAUAGAGCGACAAGUGAAAAAUGUAACACUGCUGCUUUGGGCAAAUAGGCACCUGCAACUAAUUGCCCAGAAACUGUACCUGAACAAUGAAGAAGAUUUGCAGGAAAUGCACACAGUCAUGGCAGAGUAUUUCCUUGGUGUUUGGUCAGGUGGGCGAAGAAAACCUUUUUACAGCAAUGACCAGUAUCUGAAUGGCUGUCCCGACCAUGACAGCAGAGGCCUGAAUGAAGACGAAAAGCACUGCAUGGAUCAGAUUGCUUUUGACAGGCAGGCACCUGAUCAGCCGUGGGUUUUUCAGUGUAAUCCCUUAGAGCCCGAUAUCUUUUUUAUCAAUCACAGAAAAAUGACGGAGCUUAUUCAUCACUUGACGAGAUGUGGAAGAACAGAUGAUCUUCUGUAUGGAGUCAUUAUGAACUUCAGCUGGCUGUACACCAUGAUUAGGAUAGGGCAGUUUGAUAAAGCGCUUUCCGACAUAGAACUGGCUUACACCUGCUCGCAAGAAAAGGAGCUGAAGUUUCUGGCCAGUACCCUCCGCAGUAUAAAGUUCAAAGUAGUAAAAUACCCAGGGUCACUCUCCGCUGAGUUGCAGCAGAGGCUUCUGCCAGUAGUAAGCUCAUUGCCUAAACUCAGACACCUCCUCUUAGAAUGCGACAAGGACGGGCCCAAGUACUGCUCUAUCGUCCCUUUGCAUUCAUCCAUGGACGUGACUUACAGCCCCGAGCGCCUGCCGCUGUCAUCCAGCUGCAUGCACGUCACGGAAAUCCUGCCCACUUUUAAUCCCAGCACAAUCAUCGCUGCUUUGGAAAACGGCUCCAUCAGCACCUGGGACGUAGAGACCCGCCAGCUCCUGAGGCAGAUUACAACCACUCCAUCUGUUAUCUUAGGGAUGAAACUUACUAGUGAUGAAAAGUAUCUUGUAGUGGCUACAACAAAAAACACCCUUUUGAUAUACGAUAACAUAAAUUCCUGUCUUUUGUCUGAAAUGGAAAUUAAGGGGUCAAAACAUUGUGGAAUAGGGGGGGGCUCCAGUUUUAUAAAUGGAUUUACGUUAUCAGUCAACCAUGCACUCGCGUGGCUGGAGGCCAGCAAAGAUGUCACCGUCAUAGACCUGCUUUACGGCUGGCCUCUCUAUCACUUCCACUGCUGGUACGAAGUGACCUGCGUGCAGUGCUCUCCGGACGGAGUUUAUGCUUUCUGCGGGCAGUAUUUGAACACCACAACCAUUUUUCACUUAGGCAGCGGAGAGAAGCUGGCCACCGUGACCUCCGAAUUUUCUGGUGGAUUUGUGAAAUUCCUUCUCAUUCUGGACACAGCCCAAGAAAUGGUAAUGGUGGACAACGAGGGUAGCCUCUCUGUUUGGAAUACAGAGGAGAUCACGAAUCCCCAGCUUACGGAUGACUUUGACUGCAGGAGAGAAGACAGCGAGGUUGUCAGCAUAGAGCUUUCUGAAGACCAAAGUGCAAUUUUAAUUUGUAAGGCUCUCAGCAUUGAGCUUCUUGAUACUCGUGUGUGGAAGGUGGCCGAAAAGUUUAGAGCUAAACACAAUGAGCGCUUUAUAUCUGCCGUGUUGUCCAAAAAUGGCAACUGUAUAAUUGCUUCAAUGGAAAAUACCUCAGCCAUUUUUGUUUGGAGAAGAGAUACAGGACAGUGCAUGGCAAGCUUACAGGAAAUCUCAGGAACUAUAGUCAGGCUAAUUAAAUCAAAUCAUCAUAACAUGCUGCUAUCCUUAUCCACCAGUGGUGUCCUUUCUAUCUGGGAUAUAGACAUCAUAACUGCUAUGUCCAACAUUGACAAAUCCGGCAAACCUAUCCAAAGACUGGUGCUGCCGGCCAGAGGGGAAUUAAUAUACACAUUGGACGGAUCAGAUUCUGUCCACAAGUGGAACUUCAGCACUGGAUUUAUUGAAGCUGUGUUCAAGCACGAAGGAAUUGUUCAAAACUGUGUGCUGACCUCUUCUGGAGAGAUAAUGGUUACAUCGGAUGAUAAAUGCAGCCAGUAUGUAUGGCACACUGUUAGCGGCGAAAACAUCUUUCGCAUCAAUGGGCAAAAAAUCUCAGAGCUAAUGAUCACUCAUAAUGACCAAUUUGUAGUCUCCCUCUGUGAGCAAAAUGCAUCCAGAGUUUGGCGACUGGCCACAGGACAUCGGGUUUGCAAUAUUUUAGUUGCCUUACAGAACGCAUUUAUAACAACUGCAAAUACUUUUGUAGUCGGAAUGGCGAAGAAUAAAGUGUUGGCAGUGAGCCUCUGGACAGGCAGUAUAACCAAGAAGUUUUGCUGCGAUGAUGGUGCAAGCAUUGUGGACAUCAAACUGAUACCGGAUUGCCCAGAUAUUAUAGUAUUUAUAACAUCUACUGAAACAGUGAACAUCUGGAGCCUAACAGAGGAAGUCAUCUGCAGGCGUGUACAACUGCCUAACAAUUUCUUAAAAAAUUUGGAAGACUUUGAAAUGUCCCCAAACGGCAAGCUAGGAAUUAUAACCCGUGGUGAUGAGAACAUCAAUGUGCUUGAUCUACACAGCGGAAAACUUCGUGUGGUUCAUGCUCCCGGUAUCAUCUGGAGGCAAAGGCUGUCUCGUGAUGGCCGCUAUCUCGUGUAUAUCUGUUUUCGCGGUGAGGAAGAUGAUGACAACGGUGCGAUCUCCAGUUUAAUUGUAAUGAGGCUAGCGGAUGGCAAAAACAUCGGUGCCUGCUCUCUUUAUAAAACUCCCACUUUCCUUGCACUCUCACAGAGACAUUUAAAUAUUAUUAUUGGAUUUGAUGACGGAAGUAUAGGCACUUACACGGUAGUGGAUCGAGUCGACGCUGCACUGAAAAUUAAAAUUGCUACUUCAAACAGCCGUCAGAUUUUCAACAACACGACACAAGUGAUUAGGCCAAAAUGUCACAAUUAUAGCUUCAAAGUGACUGCAGACUGCAUUUGGAGGGAAUCAACUGAAGUAUUUGCAAGGGAUAGCCCCAUUACAGUUACAGAGCCGGAGGUGAGUGAAGCAACACCAACCAAAAAACACAACUAUUGCUACGAAAAAGUGUGCUCAGCCAUAGACUGCAGAGGACACAGUUUUGCUGCUGACAACUGAGUAUCCGUCUGGACUAGUUUACCUGAGUAAUAGUAUACAUGCAUAGAUUUGUCUUCUGAAUUCAAGUAAAAAUCAGUGCAUUUCUUGGAAGACAGACAGAAACAGCAGAGGGCAGACCAGCUGUUUUUUCCUUGACAAAUAUUCUUAGAUUUACGUAUACACACACACACACAAAAAAAAAAAAAAAAAAAAAAAGCAAA